CAUUUCUCACUCUCCGUUUGUUUCCCGAGAAAGCACCUAGGAAAAUUAUUUACGUGAAGAGGAAAGAGAAAGAGAAAGAAAACAGUCGGACAGACUGCCAUGGCGGUGAGAGCUACGGUGUCGAGAUUCCCGAUCGACUCGGACGCCCAGGAGAAUUCGGGGCUGCCAUGGGGCGUGACGGUGACGCCAUUCGCAACCAAGGACGAGGAAGAUAGGGCGCCAGCGUACGGAACCGAUGGCGAUCUCUUGCCCCGGUGUGAGAAUUGCUGGGCUUAUUUCAACAUCUACUGUUAUCUGGAUCAAUGGAGCUGGACUUGUUGCCUUUGUUCGCAACUCAAUGGCUUGACAACCAAAAGCAUUGCUCGCUAUUCUCUCCCGGACUCCUGCCCCGAAUUGAAGUCUUCCUUCGUAGAUCUCGAGUUGCCUGCUGAAGAGGAAGGACUGCAGCCACAGCCGGUAUAUGUUGCUGCCAUUGAUUUGUCUUCCUCAGAAGAAUUUCUGGAACUUACUAAGAGCGCACUUCUGGCAGCUUUAGAAGCUCUUGCGCCUGGUUCACUCUUUGGCAUUGCUACUUUCAGCCACAAACUGGGGUUGUAUGAUGUUCAAGGGCCCAUACCAGUUGUAAAGAACGUUUUUAUCCCCCCCGACACAGAAGGCACCCUUUCAGUUGAACUUGAAGAUGUCAUGCCUUUGUUACAAUUCCUGGCUCCUGUAGAAACUUGUAAGGACCGUAUUGCAUCUGCACUUGAAACACUUAGACCAACAACUUCAUGGGAGAGAACCACAGCAGCAGGGCAAGGAAUGGAUGGUGUUUUGAUGGGCGGGCGAGGGUUUGGGGUGGCAAUGGAAGCUCUGUUUAAUUACCUUGGAUCAGAAUAUGGAAGCACAUUUGCAUUAGCUAGAGUCUUUGCUUUUCUUUCUGGUCCUCCUGAUUAUGGAGCUGGUCAACUAGACACUAGACGGUAUGGUGAGCAAUAUGCUAGUAAAGGAGAGGAUGCAGAUCGUGCUUUACUUCCUGAGCAGACACCUUUCUACAAAGAUCUGGCUGCUGUCGCUAUUCAAGCAGGUGUUUGUGUGGAUAUAUUUGCUGUUACAAAUGAGUACACAGAUUUGGCUUCACUGAAGUUUCUCAGCAUAGAAAGUGGAGGAUCAUUAUUUUUCUAUUCAAGCACUGAUGAUUCAACCCUUCCUCAGGACAUGUAUCGAAUGCUAACUCGACCGUAUGCGUUUAAUUGUAUAUUGCGAAUGAGGACAUCUACUGAAUUUAAACCUGGUCAUUCUGUGAGUAUAGCAACUUCAUUUGCAUCUAUAUUUAACAUUGUACUGUUUCUUAUUAAAUUUCUUUAUUGGCUGCAGUAUGGUCAUUUCUUUCCGGAUCCGCAGUAUGAGAAUGUUCAACACAUUAUUUGCUGUGAUUCUUAUGCAACAUAUGCUUAUGACUUUGAGUUUGCUGGUGUUGAUGGUUUUUCAAGACAUGGAUCAGAACCUCCUCCUAUGGUACAGACUGUAUUUCAAUACACUGUAGUUGUGCCUCCCGAGGAGCUAGAAAACUCAGGGUUGCUAACUUCAAGUAGAGGAAAAUAUUCUCUCAAACGUCGACUAAGGAUUCGAACUGUGCAGUUUGCAACUGCUCAAAACAUCAACGAAAUCUAUGACAGUGUUGUUCCUGAAGUUGUUUUAUCAUUACUUGUUCACAAGGUUAUAUUAGCCUCAUUGGAGCAAGGGGUUCGAGAGGGUAGACUGUUGCUUCAUGAUUGGCUAGUGAUCCUGACAGCACAGUACAAUAAUGCUUAUAAACUUGUUCAAUACAAGAAUGGAAGUUCAAUGACUUCUCAGAUUGAUGUUUCAUUCUCACAAUGCCCAGAAAUGCAGCAUUUGCCUCGGCUAGUCUUUGCUUUGCUUCGGAAUCCUCUUCUUCGAUUUCAUGAAGAAGGUGUUCAUCCCGACUACCGGAUCUACUUGCAAUGCCUUUUCAGUGCUCUGGAACCGAGCUCCCUACACCGUGCUGUGUACCCAAUGCUGACCUCGUAUUCGACACCAGAUAAGCAAGCGUACCCACGCCACUCAUUGAGCCGUGCUGCAUUGAUUACCAGUGGAAGUCCCAUAUUUUUCCUUGAUGCAUUUACGACUCUAGUUGUGUUUUAUUCUUCAACAGCUGACCCCACACUUCCUUAUCCUCCACCCCAUGACUGCUUGUUGAGAAGUACCAUCAACAAAUUGAAGCAAGAGAGAUGUAUUACCCCCAAACUAAUAUUCAUCCGGGGAGGGCAGGAAGAUGCUUCUGCUUUUGAGAACUUUCUCAUCGAGGAACAGGACGUCGAUGGAAGUGGUCUGACCAGCGUGACGGGUUUUGUUUCCUUUCUCGAUAACAUCACACAGAGCGUACUGGAAUACAUGAAAUAGAUUACAGGUACAAACUUAAUCACUUCAAACAUAGUACAGCUAAAGGACCACCAACUAUAGAAAAAAAAAAAAACUCAUCCAUUUUUCAACAAUGCUUGAAUUGGAUGAAGAAGAACAAAAUCUUUUGAUGAUUACUACUUUCUCUCUAAAGUUGUCUGGCCUACCGAGGUUGAGAGGUUCGGUUCGGUUCUCAUUGUCAAAACAAGUGAGCAAAUUGCUCUGAUAAUCUGCUCUCAACUUCUCCUUUAUGAUUCAAACUAUUUACAGACCUCAAAAUUUUCCCUUAAUCAAAUGUGAGAAUAGAAAGUGCUGUGCUGGUCCUAUUUUUGGUCAGACCGGGAAUAUCGAUGUUCGAACUCGAUGUUCGAACUCGAGGCGAAAGUAGGUGUUUUUGUAAUAAUUUCAUGGGGAACAAGGGUUGGUGUUCCCCUUUUCACAUUUUCCCAAAGAUCUUUUUCUUUUUUUCUGUUUUUCUUUCUUCUCCUAAAUGAAAGAUUUUGUUAUUUGUGAUUUAGUGCCCUUGAUCUCAAUACUGAUUGUUUGAGAAGAAAUGUAGUGUUAUUUUUUAGUUGGUAAAACAUGUUACAUGUUGUACCAUCUGUUUAUUUAAUAUGUUAAUAUGUCAACUGAGCUAUUUUAAUGUGCAAUGAGACUAAUUUUCAAUAGUAAA